AUGCGUUCCAAAGCCAAGCUCAUGUUAGGCAAUCCAUCGGAUCACGUGGAUUUUAAUCGGAUUGAAAAUGCAUCGGGGAUGAGUCCUCAAAAACCACCACCUCCACAAGUGGUGCCUCCCACUGAGAUCAAGCAAGCAGAACCAUCGGAAUCCGUGGUGAGUAAGAAGAAGAGUUUUAAUGAAGAGUCGGUGAGAAUUUCCGGUGAACGAUUUGAGUAUGAGAAUGAAUUGAGCAUUGGUCCCCGAGGUAUUGAUCGUGAAAAGACUCCUCUCUCAACACAAUUUAUGGAUUCUUCAAUUUUUGAUUUUCCGAAUGUAAAUUGCGCCGUAUCAGCAGGCCAACAAGAAACAACUACUACUACAACUUCACCGGUUAUGGGCGAUGAUAAUUUAAAUUCCAUGACUGGGUUGAUUCGAUAUGAGGAAUUGUCUGGUUUUGUGAAAUUAGGAAGUGGAAGCUCCGCUUCUGUGUUUAAAGUUUAUCACACUCCCAGCUCUGAGAUUACAUUUGGAGAAGCUCCUCCAUUAACCUCUUCGAGUUCUCAGGGAGAAUUAGAUAGUGAAGACUCUCUCAAAGAGGACACCAACAAGAAACGCAACAGACAGGUGUAUGCCAUGAAGAAAAUUUAUGUUGAGAAACAGCUAGCAAAAUCUAUUAUUCAUGAAGUGAAAGCUCUCUACACGAAUAGAAAUCCUCACAUUAUUAAGUUACUAGACUCUUUUUAUAGAGAAGGUGCUAUUUUAAUGAUUUUGGAAUACAUGGAUUGUGGAUCUUUGGAAGAUGUGAUUAAGCUCACCAAAAAAAUACCUGAGAAGAUUUUGAGUAGAAUAACCUAUCAAAUAUUGAAAGGGCUGAAAUAUAUUCAUGAGGAGUGUUACAUUAUCCAUAGAGACAUAAAACCAGCCAAUAUUCUGAUAAAUAGUAAGGGAAUAUGUAAAAUUGCAGACUUUGGAAUGAGUGGAUUUUGGAUCAAGUCAAAAUUAGAAGAAAUUCAAAAAACGGCAAAGUUUGACACAUUUUGUGGAACGUACAUCUACAUGUCGCCUGAAAGAAUUCGAGGUCAAUCCCAUAGUUUUGAUAGUGACAUUUGGAGUCUUGGGCUAACUAUUGCACAAUUAGGCAUGGGAAUUUUUCCAUUCACACUGAAACCUGAAUUCACUAUUUGGUCCAUGUUUGAAUAUUUGGAAGAAACAGGAGAUGAACCGUUCCCAAUAGAUGAAAAGGAAUUUUCUCCAGAAUUCAAAUCGUUCAUUUAUCAAUGCAUGACGUUUGAUCGAAAGAAAAGACCCUCCGCAUCACAACUCAUGAAUCAUCCAUGGAUCACAAAAUACAAGAAAGACGAAGAAAAGAUGAGAAAGAGCAUUGAAAAAUGGAUCUACCGACGCUAUAUUGCAGUGAAACGUCACAACAUGAAACAAAAGCAGAAAGAAAAAGAGUCCUCUUCCUCUUCCGCUUCACAAGAGCAGCAGCAACAAUCACCUUCUUCAUCCAAACGAUAA